CGCUUUGAUAUAUAGAUGUUUUUGAAACUUCAAAAAAAGGCCAUCCACAAACCGGAAAUAUUAUAAACACACUGCAAGCCAAAACAAUAACAUAAAUACAAAUCUGAGAGACCUUGUGGUGGAGAUCCAACAUCUCCACACUCCACUGACACUGCUAAAAUACAACAACAAUUCAAAACCAACCCAUUAUUACCACUGCUUCUUCUUCUUCUUCUUCUUCUGCUUCUUCCUCCUCCUUCUUUCGAACGCUGUCCGAUUCACCGGAAAAGAAGCUAUCAGUACAAGUUUUGUUGUACUUGUGUAAUUGCAUGCAAUAUACCACGUAGUUGCACCAUAUAGUGCAUCUAUAUAUAGUGGCUAGGUUUGAUUUAUUAGUGAAGUUUUAGAACUUUUUGGAAUGCUUGCUGUGUCAGCUUUGAGGAGCACUAACGAUGAAAGGGAGGGACAAAUGGAGGGCUUCUCGAUCGGAGGCAACGAUGACUUCCCUGAAUUCUCCGGUGGGAAUUUGCUCGACAGUAUUGAUUUCGAUGACCUUUUCGUGGGCUUUAGCGAUGGUGAUGUGUUGCCUGAUUUGGAGAUGGACCCGGAAAUCCUUGCCGAGUUUUCAGCUAGUGGCGGUGAGGAAUCAGAGAUGAACACAUCAUCUGCUGAAAAAGCAGAUGAUAAUUCAAGAAAAGAGGAGGAAGAUAAGGUCUCAGGUUCAGGUUCAGGUUCGGGUUCGGGUUCGGGGUCAAGUUUGAAUCAAGGAGAGGAAAUUGUGAGCAAGACAGGAGAAUCUGUCGGUGUAAAUCCAUCGAAAAAGGAAUCAGAUAAAGGAAGAAAAUCAUCCGCACAAUCCAAGAAUCCUCAAGGGAAAAGGAAAGUGAAGGUGGAUUGGACGCCAGAGCUGCACAGGAGAUUUGUGCAAGCAGUGGAGCAGCUUGGUGUGGAUAAGGCAGUACCUUCACGGAUUCUAGAGCUUAUGGGAAUUGAUUGCCUCACUCGCCAUAACAUCGCUAGUCAUCUUCAAAAGUAUCGAUCUCAUCGGAAACAUUUGCUAGCACGAGAAGCCGAGGCUGCAAGCUGGAGCCAGAGACGGCAUAUGUACAGUGGAGGUGGAAGCAAGACUAUGGGGGCUUGGGUUGCACCAUCACCUACAAUGGGUUUCCCUCCUCCUCCCAUGACACCCUUGCAACAUUUUAGACCUCUACAUGUUUGGGGUCAUCCUCCUCCUCCUUCCUCAGUCAAUCAAUCGUUAAUGCACACAUGGCCUAAACACCCACCACUGCUGCCACCACCGCCACCAGUAUGGGCACCAACACCAACUCCACAUCCUCCUUCGGCGAGGCCACCACCAGACACUUCUUCAUUUUGGCACUCUCGUCAUCAAAGGGUUCUGAAUUCUCUUACACCAGGAACGCCUUACUUUCCACCACCACUAGCAACUACGAGAUUUUCGGCCCCACUAAUCCAUGUCAUGUACAGAAUCGAACCCCCCGGCAUUGGUGUCCCGACCAGACAAACAGGUCCCCAUCCUCCAUCGGAUUUUUAUCCGUCAAAGGAGAGUAUUGAUGCAGCUAUUGGAGAUGUUUUAGGGAAGCCAUGGCUGCCACUUCCCCUUGGACUAAAACCUCCAUCUAUUGACAGUGUGUUGGGGGAACUGCAACGUCAAGGAAUUCCCAAAAUACCCCCUACGUGUGCUUAAAUUUUCCGAUUUUUAUAUAUAUAUAACAAAACAAUUGAGCUGCAACUGCUUCUGGGUGUUUUCAAGCCACCACAGGCCUAAAUUCGACGACAUUUCUUGAAUUUAGAAAUUAGAUUCCUCUCAUUUUUGCUCUUUUUUCUUCGCCUUUCUUGUCAAAUUCGAGUACAUCUCCUUCCUUAUUUGAGAGUGAUCACGUUUAGGUAUUAUCUAAAACUCGUUUCAUUGACUCCACUUCUUAUCUUUUAUUUCACUAUACAAUUAAUGUGAUUACGCUAUAUCGUAUACUACCUAAAUAUUAUCACCUAAAUAUUGCUCUUAUUUUAUUUUCCUCUAUGAAGAGAUUGAUGUACAAGCCAAUAAGUUUUGUAAUAGUAAUUGUUAUCAAUAAAAUUGUAAUAAUUAUGAGGACUUCUAUA